GGGAUUGACUACAUGUGUCUUACCACCGUAAGUUGCCUGAGUAUGGCGUUUUUUACUUUGCUAAGCGAGCUCGGUGACCUGGGACAUAAGAGCGCCUUCACAGAACUCUGUGUAGUCGCCUGUACUUGUUUCUGCAGGUGGCCUUUAAUAAAAGGCCUCAUACGCAUGUUGCAGCUUUCAGCAUGUAAAAACCAUGUGAGUCUUCUCCCAGAGACCCACGCGCUGUUUGUUAACUUUGAAGUAACCAUAUGGGAGAAACAUGAUGACAAGUGCUUUAAGAGUAUUUAUCUUAACUUUUGCAUGUAA